AUGGGCAUCGCCACGCUGCAUCCGCUGGGGCUGAGCGGCGCGGUGUUGCAGAUGUUCUCUCACGGCAUAAUGACUGCGCUCUUCUUUGCCGUCGUGGGCGUGGUGUAUGACCGCACGCACACGCGCGAUAUGCUGGUGCUGGACGGUCUGGCAAAGCGCAUGGGCGUGACGGCGGUGUUCUUCACCAUCGCGGGGCUGACUUCGCUGGGACUGCCGGGGCUGAGCGGGUUCGUCGCGGAGUUGCUGGUGUUCCUGGGGCUGUUCAAGACAUAUCCUGUGCUGGGCGUACUGGGCGUCAUAGGCGCGGCGAUAACGGCGGUGUAUAUCCUACGGCUGCUGGCGAAGGUGUUCUUUGGACCGAUGGGGCCGCUGCCGGAUGAGGUGGAGUCGGGAGCGCAUGGUGAGGAAGCGGUCGGCGGUCAGCCAUCCGAGGGCAGUGGAGGUGAGUUUGCGCAAGCAGUCGCACUAAGCGAAGCGGCACCGAAAUCUAUGGACGCCACACGCACAGAGGUAUUAGCGGCGUCUGUGCUGACAGCGUUUGUGCUUCUGGUGGGGCUGUUUCCGUUUCCGUUCCUGCGGGUUAUCAACGGGGGUGUUGCGGAGGUGCUGGCGCGGUUUGGGUGA